AUGAGUUUGAGUAAGUUUUCUAAACCAGUUUUGAACGAUCCUAAUUUAUUUAGAGAAUCUGGUUAUAUCGAUGGAAAAUGGGUUAAGGGCACUGACGAGAUUUUUGAGGUGGUAGACCCUGCUUCUGGUGAAAUCAUAGCAAGAGUUCCCGAACAACCAGUCUCUGUGGUUGAAGAAGCGAUUGACGUUGCUUAUGAGACUUUCAAGACAUACAAGAAUACGACGCCAAGAGAGAGGGCUAAGUGGCUCAGAAACAUGUACAACUUAAUGCUUGAAAAUUUGGAUGAUUUGGCAACUAUUAUCACUUUAGAAAAUGGUAAAGCUCUAGGGGAAGCUAAAGGAGAAAUCAAAUAUGCGGCUUCGUAUUUUGAGUGGUAUGCCGAGGAAGCACCUCGUUUAUAUGGUGCUACUAUCCAACCCUUGAACCCUAGCAACAGAGUAUUCACAAUUAGACAACCCGUCGGUGUAUGCGGUAUAAUUUGUCCUUGGAAUUUUCCGAGCGCUAUGAUUACAAGAAAAGCUGCUGCUGCAUUAGCUGUGGGCUGUACAGUAGUCAUCAAGCCUGACUCUCAAACACCAUUGUCUGCUUUAGCGAUGGCCUAUUUGGCUGAAAAGGCUGGCUUCCCCAAGGGUUCGUUUAAUGUUAUUCUUUCUCAUGCCAACACGCCAAAGCUUGGUAAAACAUUAUGUGAAUCGCCAAAAGUCAAGAAAGUUACUUUCACUGGUUCUACAAAUGUUGGGAAAAUCUUGAUGAAACAAUCUUCUUCUACCUUGAAGAAGCUAUCUUUUGAACUGGGUGGUAACGCCCCUUUUAUUGUCUUUGAGGAUGCCGAUUUGGAUCAAGCCUUAGAACAAGCCAUGGCUUGUAAAUUUAGGGGUUUGGGUCAAACCUGUGUGUGCGCAAAUAGACUUUACGUUCAUUCAUCUAUAAUUGAUAAAUUUGCCAAAUUACUGGCAGAGAGGGUCAACAAAUUUGUAAUUGGACAUGGUUUGGACCCAAAGACCACUCAUGGUUGCGUCAUUAACUCCAGUGCUAUUGAAAAAGUUGAAAGACAUAAACAAGACGCCAUUGAGAAGGGAGCAAGGGUCGUACUUGAAGGUGGCCGUUUACCUGAGUUGGGACCCAACUUUUAUGCUCCAGUUAUACUGUCACACGUUCCCUCAACAGCUAUGGUUUCCAAGGAGGAGACUUUCGGUCCAUUAUGUCCCAUUUUUUCAUUUGAUACUAUGGAGGAAGUUGUCGGAUAUGCUAAUGACACUGAGUUUGGUUUAGCUGCAUACGUUUUCUCCAAAAAUGUUAACACUUUAUACACUGUGUCUGAAGCGUUGGAGACUGGUAUGGUUUCGUGCAAUACGGGUGUUUUCUCGGAUUGUUCCAUACCAUUUGGUGGUGUUAAGGAGUCAGGAUUUGGAAGGGAAGGUUCGCUAUAUGGUAUUGAGGAUUACACUGUUUUGAAGACCAUCACAAUCGGGAAUUUGCCAAGUAGCAUUUAA